AUGGACAUUCCAUUUGGCAACCUAAUGAACAUUAUGCCCACGACCCCAUCACCAGGUUAUACCAUGACAUCCUCUUCAUAUAUGACCAGAACCCCAUCACCAGCGAGUCGAGGAAAUAUCGGAUAUCAGCCCUAUCCAGGUCAGGCCCAGGGCCCUUCUUUCUUUGAAGAGGCCAUAGGUGGCUCUCCCUUUCCGCAAGAAAUACCUUUUUCCCUCAUUCAACCACCUCAUUAUAACUCCACAUCGGGUAUGCCCAACAGCUUUCCGCCAUCGUCAGCGGUGCCAAGCAGUGAAGCCGAACAAAAGUCCACUUGCCGACCCCGGUCUCGAAAUCCUCAUCAACUGAGCGUAAACACUUCUGGCCAAGUAAACGGUCCAGAUGUAACGGCAAGAUCUCCCAAGCCAAAGAGGCGUGGCCGCAAGCCCAAGGGACUCCCCAAAGAUCCAGUCAAGUGUCGGGAAGACAUAGAGCUAGACGAAGAUGAUCUCCCCAAGGACCCACGGCGUCGACGUAUUCUUGAGCGCAACAGAAUAGCCGCCACCAAAUGUCGUCUUCGAAAGCGGGAUGAAGCAUCUGCUCUUGCUUCUCAGGAACAGGCCAUGGAAGACCAGAACAGAUAUCUCUCCUCAUGUUUUGACUCCCUGACAGCUGAGAUCUAUCAUCUCAAAACGCAGUUGCUGCAGCAUACAGACUGUAACUGCGUUCUCAUUCAGAAAUAUAUCUCCAACGAAGCUAAGAAGACAGUGGAUGGCCUAUCAGAGUGUCCCUCCAGUUUUCAGCCUGACAGCGACGCAAUGAGUCUAUAUCGUCGUGGCUCGUGCCAUAGUGGCACGAGUCCUACAGACUCGUUGAGUGUGCCAACUCCCGAGUUUGAAGGAGCUUCCCCAGGCUGGCCACAACGCUUCCACUCUGGACAUGGAUCUUCGCCAGAUGUAACAGAGGAGAUGCUGGCAGUGAACCCCUAUCUCAAGGCAUCAAUGCAAAUGGGCAGCCAGUCAUUCGCCAAUAUGGCACCGGUGCAGCAUCAUGGGCUUGAAAUAUUUGCCGGUAUGGGACCCCAGCCCCAGCAGUUUGAAGCGGUCAACUGGAACCCUUCCUGGGCGUUCUGA